AUGCUGCGGAUUCGUGUGGGGCUCUCACCCACCAAAACCCCCUCCUCAACAAUAAAACCCACGCACUCCUACCCACGUAACACAACCCACGCAACACAACCCACGCAACCUCACCCACACAACCUGACCCACGCAACCCAACCCACGUCUACCACCCACGCAUCCCAACCCACGCAUCCCAACCCACGCAUCCCAACCCACGACCACAACCCACGCAACCUCACCCACGCAACCUCACCCACGCAACCUCACCCACGCAACCUCACCCACGCAUCCCAACCCACGCAACCCACCCACUCCUCUCACCCACUCCUCUCACCCACUCCUCUCACCCACGCAACCCAACCCGCGCAUCCCACCCACUCCUCUCACCCACGCAUUCCACCCACGCAACCUCAGCCACACAACCUCACCCACGCAUCCCAACCCACGCAACCCAACACACGCCAUCCACCCACGCCGCCCACCCACGCAUCCCAACCCACGCCUCCCACCCACGCAACCUCACCCAUGCAACCUCACCCACGCAUCCCAACCCACGCAACCCAACACACGCCACCCAACCCACGUUUUUUUUUUUUUUUUUUUGUUUCCAACCCACUCUUUCUACCCGAGCUUCCCAACCACGCUUUCCACCCGCCCUUUUCUUCCUAUGCGUUUUCCUCUGGGACCUAA